AUGAUUAAUGCAAUAAGAGCAGAUGCAGGGAGAUAUCACACAGUUCUUGCAAAAAAUGGCAUUUCACAAGACUUUGAAUUGCCUUUUAUUGUUUAUGAUCAAUAUCUGAGUAUUGUUAAUUCUAAACUUAAAAAAUUAUUCAGCAUCGAUAUUAACGAUUUGAAGACGGAAAAUCUUCGUGGAUAUCUUAAAAAUCGGGUGGCUCCACACAUAAGUUCCUGUUUUCAUCCAGAUGAGCCUUUUGAACUUUUUGCACAUUUCCGUCAUGGCCAUAAGGCAUUUUCCUUCUUUAUUGAAGAGCUUCGUAAAAAAGGAGUGCGCUUUGCAAAUGAGCACGAGUCUGUAACAGCAUUUCAGGCUCUUAAGCAGUUUUUUAGGCUAGGUGGUAAGUCAGAAAUUAGAGAUGAUGGCCAUUCCAAAGAGCUUCAUAGUGCUUUGAACAGCUUUGAUACACUCUUGACAUUUCUAAAGGAAGAAAAGUCAACUGAAACAGAUGAAGUCCUUCCAUUUUCAGAGAUCUGUUCGCUUUUUGUAAUGCAUCUUGACUACCUUAAUAGCAUCCGAGCAUUUGCACCUAACAGUAGCUAUCCUGAUAUUUUAGAGCUCAUUAGAAAUGCAUAUCUUAGUCUUUUGAAAUUAAACUAUAUUUCGCAUAGUGUUAUGAAGAAUUGGAUUGAUCCAACAGAGCUUCAUUCAUUAACUGAUUCAAAGAUUCAAAGAUUCAAUUUUCUUAAACAGGAGAUGCAUUCGGUCCUUAAGUCGUUCAACAUAAAUGUGAUGAUUCUUAUAAACUUGAUAGAUGUACGAUUUGCAACCAUGGAAAUACAUUUUAGACAUGUCUUUAGAACGCUUUCUAUUAUCAGGUCAAUCAAUUCACUAUUCAAAAUUUGUACUGAUUUAAUGCUGUUAGCUGUACAGAAAAGGAGCAUUACACGCGAAAAUGCCCGAACAUUUAUCGAUGAUAUGGCAUUUAUAUCUUCAAACAUCACUCUUUAUUCUCUUGACGAUAAAUUCAUAAAAACAGGUGAAUUUGCAGAACUCUUCGAUCUUCCUCUUUCUGAGACUAACCAGUCAUUCUUCAGUGGCCGUGCCUGGCCGUUUGCCAGAUUUUUUAGUAGAGGUGACAAGCAGGAAGAACACGUGAGAGACCACUUAAGAUCAUGCACCACUAUUCUUAGUCCCCUGGAAUCAGACAUUGAUGCUAUUUCGAGUGAAUACAAGAAUAAUGAAAUAGACAUAAAAAUUAAAAACAUUGCUACAAAGAAGAAAGAGAAAGACUUGGACGUUGCUGUUAGGCAGAAGUUUCCCGAAUUUUUCGAGAAUCCUGAAGCACGGCUGGACAGAAUGUUGGAACUUGUAUUAUUUGUAACAGAAAAGAACUUGUCAUCGUGCAAGUCAGCAAUCAAAGAUGAAAAGCAGCUUAGUGUGGCAGUUGAACAGAUAAAAAGGGCAUUUAAAGAAGCAAGCUAUUCUAAAUUCAAACUAAGGGAAAGGACUGAUAGGCUAUUUGAAUUGUACAACGUUGCUGUAAGUCAAAAUGAUCCAAAUUUCAGAAAGAUUUCAUUUGAAACAACAGGAUUCAGACCAGUGCUGGACAUAAUUUUUGAAAAAUUCAACAGAUCAGCACAAACAGAAAAAGAAUACCAAAUUUUGAGUGAGCUUGCAGCAUUGGAAGUCCAAAAGAAAAUGGCAAUGAUUGCUAUUUGGAUUUUGAUUAUGACAGACACUGUUCUGAUUGUAUUCAACCGUAUCAAAGGAAGGCCAUCGACUCGAAAAAUUAAUGCUCGUCGUCGGGAACCACCUCGAUAUAAUUACUAUCAUUAA